CCUCCUUGGUAUAUAUAGUGCGCGCGGGACUAUGAGAGGUCUCCUGGCCGCCACCAUGAAGGGUAGCAUCAUCUCCGUCUGCUGCUUUGUCUCCCUGCUGCUUUUGCAGGCCACGGCAGAAGAAGAGGAAGAGUUCACGUCCGUCCUCCGAGAUAAAUCCCACAUCGAGGAGACUCUUCGAUUCGCCACAGAGGAAAAAGCAGCAGACUAUGCAGCGGCUGUGCAGAGGCUGCGGAAGAUCUACCACUCCUCCAUCAAGCCCAUGGAGCAGGCCUACAAGUACAACGAGCUGAGGCAACACGAGAUCUCAGCCUACCCUGGACAAACCCUGGGCGACGCAGCCACAGAUGGAGAAAUCACAUCCAAGCCCAUGGUUUUGUUCCUGGGACCGUGGAGUGUAGGAAAGUCCUCCAUGAUUAAUUACCUCCUGGGCUUGAAUGACAGCCCCUACCAGCUCUACACAGGAGCUGAGCCUACUACCUCUGAGUUCACCGUCAUAAUGCACGGCGAAAAGAUCCGCUCGGUGGAGGGCAUCGUGAUGGCGGCAGACAGCUCUCGCUCCUUCUCCCCUCUGGAGAAAUUUGGGCAAAACUUCUUGGAAAAACUGAUUGGGAUUGAGAUGCCCCACAAGCUGCUGGAACGCGUUACUUUUGUGGACACGCCGGGAAUCAUCGAGAACCGCAAGCAGCAGGAGAGAGGCUACCCCUUCAAUGAUGUCUGCCAGUGGUUCAUCGACCGAGCGGAUCUGAUCUUUGUGGUUUUCGAUCCCACCAAGCUGGAUGUCGGAUUGGAGCUGGAGAUGCUUUUCCGUCAACUGAAGGGGCGCGAGUCACAGAUUCGCAUUAUCCUCAACAAGGCCGACAACCUGGCCACCCAGGAUUUGAUGCGAGUAUACGGAGCGCUUUUCUGGAGUUUGGCCCCGCUCAUCAAUGUGACAGAGCCCCCCCGUGUCUACGUCAGCUCCUUCUGGCCCUACGAUUACGCUCCGGACACCAGUCGCGAUCUCUUCAAGCGGGAGGAGAUCUCCCUACUGGAGGAUCUCAACCAGGUGAUUGAAAACCGCAUGGAGAACAAGAUCGCGUUCAUCCGCCAGCAUGGCAUUCGCGUUCGCAUCCACGGCCUCUUGGUGGACCGCUAUGUCCAGACCUUCAAGGAGAAGAUGAGCUUCUUCAGCGACCCGGAACUGGUCUUUCAGGAGAUUGUGGACGACCCGGAUAAGUUCUACAUAUUCAAAUCCAUUCUUGCCAAGACCAACGUUAGCAAGUUUGAUCUCCCCAACCGCGACGCCUACCGUGACUUCUUCGGAAUCAACGCGAUAACCACCUUCAAACCUUUGUCGUCCCAGUGCUCCUACAUUGGAGGCUGCCUGCUGGAUAAGAUCGAGAAGGCCAUCACCAAUGAAUUACCCGCCCUCUUGAGCAGCAUCAACUCGGGCAAACAGCCUGGUCUGUCUUCUUGCGAGGCCACUGGCUGCGGGGAGAAGCCUAAAAACCGUUACCGGAAGAACUGAGAUUAAGCACGACACUUUGAGCAGGAGGGAGGAAGGAAAGGAAGGCGCCAGAGGAGGGGAAGAUAAAGACAGGGCUCUGAUGUAGGGCCAACCCUGAUUCAGAAGACCUGCAAUAACAAGGAGACGAGGAAACGGAUAUUAGAGCUUUAUUUUCCUCAGGUGACCAUGGGAUGAUCUAUUUUGGGGGCUAGGGGAUAAGACAGAUCGUGGGAGGGGAGGCUCAUUGUCUGAGGAAGGCAGCUUAAGGAUACAAGUGUUGAUGAGGUAAUAUACUUGACUGUCUGGAAAGUUUUGUUGUUUUUUUGGGGCGGUGGGGCACUGAUGCGCAAAAACGGGAGGAACAGCCAGUCCGAUAGCAGCCCACUUGUAUGUGAAUAAAUCAGAAACUAGAAA